UAUCGCGUAUCUCACCUAAAAACGUGUCGCCAGUUAUAACGAUGUCAUCAAGGACAAGAGGAAAGCGCGCAGCUGUUGCCUCCCCUCAAGCCAGCAUUUCAGCCAUCGAGCCAACGCCACGGACACGUAGAGUCCGCCGAGGCCAACCAGACUUGGAAGAAUACGAGGAGCUCGCACACUCAAAUGUCGAAGAUGACGGCGGAGAGGAAGAUGCAGAGGGUGAAGACGCUGAAGACGCCGAAGAAGAUGACGAUGAAGAGUUCAUGACCGUUCCCGAGCCUCCGAAGCGCAGCAGAGGGAGACCAAAGGGAUCAACAAACAAACGGAAAGCGCCGGUGGAAGACGGGGACACAGAUUUGGAUCAGGGCGAUGAAGAUGACGAAACAAGGUCAAAAAGAAGAGGGAGAGAAAGUGUGAGCUAUAAGGAGAUACCUAUAGAUGACAAGAUGGACGGAGAUGAAGAUGAAGCAUCGACUCCCGCCGCAGUUACUACGCCCCGGCGACGCGGUAGACCUCCUAAGCGACCCGUAGACGACGAUGAUGAUGACGACAAAAACGAUUCCUCGUACAAGAAGGAAAAGAUUCCGGGUGGCUCUGGUCGAGGAGGCUUCAGUGUCAAGGGUGCUGCAGCCGCUGCUGCUAGGGCCAGAUGGGAAAAAGUCCGACGUGAGAGAGCAGAACGAGGGGAGGAUGAUACUCCCAAAUCCGCGAGGAGAUCUACCGGGACCAAAAAGCAUGCUGUGGGCCCUCCAGCCGAUUAUAAGAUGGGAGCCACUGUCUCCAUCAAAAAUGAGGAAUACACUGUUGGCGACGAUGAGUUAAUUAUACCGGAUGAUCCCAAAGGCGACACAAAAAUCGACGCUGCUGGUCGUCUUUUAGGCGAUCGAGAAUACAAACUUGUCACAUUUACCUCGGUCGAACGGCGAAACCCCGAACGCAUUUAUGCGCUUACUAUCGAUGCCGCUCGAGCAUGUGGGUACUCGGAUUCCCUGGCGUUCCUCAGGCGUUACCCCACGGUCCUCAAGUUAUCGUGUACCGCUGGCGAACGGGUCAAAUUGAUCGAUCUCGGGCGGAUAUCAGGAAAUUUGAAGCACCGACAAGUGACAAUGGUCGCCAUGCGGAAUGUUUUCAAAGUUAUGGGUGCUAAAGUUAUCAAAAAUGGUAGGCACGUCGUUGACGAUUAUUAUGAGGAUGAAGCCGCCGCCAAAUGUGCAGAGAACGGCAUUGAACCUGGAUCCAUCGUACAAGACGAGGAGUAUGUCCCAUCCGCCAAUGUGAACAGCGAACGUGCCCUUCGUUCUGCCCCUGGUGAAUCUUCCCGCUCUCUUGCCCAUUUGUCGACAUUCUACACCGUUGGUGGCCCUACAACGCAUUUUGCAGGAAAUGGCGUGGAUCCAUGGACUGACAGUGGAUGGGGUAACAAGAGGAGCAGGCUUAGAACAGCGGGUGUGACAGAGGAAGAUUGGAUGUUGAGAACAGCGGAAGAGGCGAGAGCUGUGGACGAACAGCUAAGAAAAUAUAGGGAGGAGAGGUUGAAGCUGCUGGAAGGCGUGGACGCCAUGAGAGGAUGGGUAUUCGCUGCUGAGAAUGCGACAGAGGGAAUGAUGGGCAAAUCAGAACCAACUGGAGAGACAGCAGACGUGUUUAGAGCACCUGUCCCCAUGGAGAGCAAGAAGAGUGGUUUAUCACACGAAGUAACAAUGGAAGAUGUAGAAGACGGUGAACAAAGUACUUCGGCAGAGGAGGCCCUCGAAAAUGAGGACGCCGACGUUCACCAAGCUGCCGUUGAAGACAAAGAAGCAGUCAUCAUCGAAGAGCCAGGGAAAUUGACCAGCAAGUAUAAUUGGGGUUUGGGCAAGAGCUGGCAACCAGGUGCAGUUCGAGCUGCUUAUGAACCUCACACAAACAUGCCCCAUAUACCCUUGUUCACUCAACCAACCAUCGCUUUCCUUGCUCAAGCCAGUCCCUAUCCCGUUCUUUCAUCAUCAACUGGCACACAGCACCUCCACUUUGUUCAAUCCACAAUCACUGGAUCUGCUGCCCGCGGUCUAGCCAGCGUAGAAUACGUAUUGGAAACGGAUGAAGACAGCCAAACGCAACAACGAUUAACAAUGGUAGAAGAAGCAGAGAAAUGGGAACGGAGAAUGCGUGCAAAAAAGCAUGUAGCUUAGCUGGAUACAUGUAUUACUAUCAUGUAUUAUUGUU